AUGAUGACCAUGACUACGAUGGCUGACGGUCUGGACGCUCAGGACUCGUCCAAGUCUGCUUUCAUGGAGUUUGGGCAGCAGUCGCACUCACAGCAGAGCUCCCCGUCGAUGGCCAGCGGCCACUACCCGCUGCACUGUCUCCACUCCGGCUCACACGCUCACCACCAGCACGACAACACCCCGUACCCGGGGACCAACACCUACAACAGGUCGUUACCCUACCCCUACGUGAGCCACCCGCACCACAGCCCCUACCUGCCGUCCUAUCACAACAACACGGGAGGACAGACAAGGUUAGACGGCACAGAGCAGCAGAAAACGACAGUGAUUGAAAACGGGGAAAUUCGCUUUAACGGGAAAGGCAAGAAGAUUCGCAAACCCCGGACAAUUUAUUCCAGUUUGCAGCUUCAAGCACUGAACCACCGUUUCCAGCAAACACAGUACCUCGCUUUACCGGAGCGCGCCGAGCUGGCUGCCUCUCUAGGACUGACACAAACCCAGGUAAAGAUCUGGUUCCAGAACAAGAGGUCAAAGUUCAAGAAGCUGCUCAAGCAAGGCAGCAACCCGCACGAGAGCGACCCUAUACCGGGCUCCAUGUCCCUCUCCCCGCGCUCUCCGACCAUCCCUCCAAUAUGGGACGUCUCCGCCUCUUCCAAAGGAGUAAACAUGCCGGCCAACAGCUACAUGCCCGGCUACUCUCACUGGUAUUCCUCCCCACAUCAAGAUUCAAUGCAGAGAUAG